AUGCCUCUGCCUUGCUGCUUCCAGGAGCUGCAGCAGCAACAAGAAGCUGGAGAGCGUCUGCAAGAUGAGCGCAUUCGCUCUUUGGCUUUAAAACGGCAGGAUGAAUAUUUAAGGAGAAGCAAAAUGCAGAAAAAAUUAAUGCAGGAUGCUCAGGAGCAACAACGCAAACAGGAAGAAGGGAGGUCCAGAAAGGACACUAACUUUACGGCGCUGCUGAGGCUAGCGAGGAGCUCCAGCAGCAGCAGCAGCAGUACUGGCGCUGAGGCAGAAGAGGAAGCCUAUAUCCCUUCCUCAUUGUCUUUUGGGUCCCUCGGUCUCAGCCCUGUACAGAUACGCAUGUUAUUAAGAGAUGUUCUGAGAGACAACGAGACAAUUGAAGAAUUAGACUUAAGUCGAGUCUCCUUAACAGAUGAUGACGGGCCUGGCGUUUGCAGUUCUUUGGCUUUAAUGAAAAAUUUGAAAAAAGUUUCACUAGAAGGAAAUUACUUGGGCUAUACAACGGCUGUUGCACUCAGGAAAUGCAUUGAGGCUGGAGGAGACUUGCUGCUGGAGAGUCUUCGCAACAACAUUACUUUGGAGUGCCUCGACAUCAGUGACAAUGACAUUACUGCCGAGCAGCAUCGUCGUUUGAGUUCACUGGUUGCUGCCAAUCAUCGUUGCUGUGAAAGCGUGAGGGACAGAGAGGCAAUAGAAAAGAGAUUAAUGGCAGCAGAAGAAGCCAACAGCAAAGCGCGAGAAAUGGAGAUUGAAGCAUUCAGGCUGGCAGUGGAGGGCAGCGAGAGUCGUGCUAUUGCCAGAGAGGCGGACGCCUUUGAGGAUUGGAGGAGACGGUUCGUACAGGAAGAUGAACAGCACAAACAAACAGUCAAAGCCUUGCAGCAGGCUUACGAAGAUCGCAAGGUCAUGGCACAGAGGCGCAGAGCAGGGAAAAAGAAAAAGAAAAUUAGACCUUGA